UACUGUAUUGUAUUGUAUUGUAUUGUAUUGUAUUGUAUUGUACUCCGGCUAGGGCUCUCUCUCUUUGUCAUGGGAGAUCCCCGGUCUCAGACACCUACUGUGGAAAGAAACGCACUUUUAAAUCCUGGAUUGAUUCGUAAUAUCAUCCAGGUGUGUGCCUACUUAACCAGUAGGCGUGGUCCUCUAAUUGCCCUGAGUAAUUGUAGUUUCACGAGGUAUAUGACUCUUUUGGAUAGCUUGGCUGUAGUUAAACUAUUUUCAAUGGGAAGUAAUACAUGGUUUGUCCAACUAUACCUUCAGAGAAGUUUCCCCAACACUGCUCAUUAUUUGUCAUUACAGUUAAACCCUCUAUCCAAUUUAACUGGAAAAUAACUACUAUGGGUCUGUAAAAGUUUCCAUUUUUACCAUCUUCAUGAAACAAAAAAAAAACAAAAACAAAGUACAUAUAUACACGGACAGGCAGACUCAAUGGCACACAUGCACACGCACACACGCACACACACACACACACACACACACACACGCACACAAAAGGAGAAGUGUGAGUUGACGUGUUCUCUGGCGUUCCAACCACAGGCUCAGUGCGCCUCUUGACUCAGCUGUGAAAGGAUCUCAGGAGAAGAGCAGAAGCAAUGAACACAGAAGCACUGAAUGCGUUGGCUCUGGCUGUUGUCCUCCUACCAGGCGUCCUCUCGGAUGGCUGGACCGUGCGCCUCCCCGCCGGACCCAUCAUCGCAGCGCGGGGCUCGACCGUGACCGUCCCCUGUCGGUACGGUUACCCCGACCCGGGCCGGCGCCGCCGGGUGCUUUCGGUCAUGUGGUGCCGGGACCAGGCCCGCUGCAUCACCCCCAGGUACGUGUACCACAGCGCGGGGAUCCUUCCGGAACCGGCCUACCUGGGCCGGGCGGAGUACCUGGGCGACACGGUGAACGACUGCACCCUUAAAAUCAACGGGCUGAGGGCGUCGGACAGCGGGACCUACGUCUUCCGUUUCAUCACCGAUCACCCCGUGGAGAACCUUCCGGACCAGGCGGGCGUCGUCCUGCUCGUAUCCGAUGCUCCCAAGAACACCUCAGUAUCAGUGAGCCCCUCUGGUGAAAUAGUGGAUGGCAGUUCAGUGACUCUGACCUGCAGCAGUGAUGCCAACCCACCAGUGCAGAACUACACCUGGUUUAAGAAGAAUGACACUGGAGUCUGGCAGGCAGGAUCUGGACAGAGUUUGAACUUUUCUAACUUUAGAUCCUGGAACAGAGGACAGUACUACUGUGAGGCACAGAACAGACUUGGAGCUCAGAAUUCUACUGCUGUGUCAAUCAACAUAGAAGUAGGGGAUAGGACAGCGCUUGUAUGGACGGUUGUUGGAAUCACAGUGGCUGUUGCACUUGUUGCUGCUGUUGCGUGUGUGAGAUGGAAGAAGAAAAGUGCACGGAGAGAGAGAGUAGCAGACACACAGGCACUGUAAAAAACGAUUUCCCACCUGGAUAUUCCUGGACCUGGACACCUGGAUCAUGACAACCAUAUCAGCCUUGCGGGAUAAGCAAAGGACAGUUUUCUGUACAUGCUGUAUUUUUUAUGAAACUACAAAGUCAGUAGAUCUGUGCUGAACAGAAGACACAAAGCACAGAUACACACAAUGCAAGUUACAGUCAAUUAGUGUGGACUUCCUGCUAAGUUUAACUCAAUUUCAGUCUUGCUCCAUAUUGUAAUUGGUUAAAAAUAUUGCAGACAUUCCCCACUUAACUGCCAUUAGAUUGUACUUGUGUCUGUGGAAAUUUUUUCAUUUCAUUUCGCAAUCCACAAUAUGUUAAAAUAUAAUUCUGUAAUGUAAAUUCUUCAAUUGAUUCUGUGAUUGGGAUGGCAGGUAUGCCAUCCCGCCAAGUUACGCCUUGGCGGGGGCAUGCCCCAUACCUAUACAGCACUGAGAGUUUGGCACUUUUCAGGGUUCUCCACAGAAAUAACCACAACAGCCACAUACACUCAGCCCUUAAAAACAUUAAAUUCUGUACAUUCUCACCCCAUUUCAACAAACAGAAUUAAUAAACAACUUCACAUAAUAAAGCCCCAAAGUAACGGGAUUUUGCGUUUUCUCCUUCUUCUUCUUCUUCUUCUUCUCAUUCUUCUUCUUAUUUUUCCUGCCGCCUAUCCCACUAACAACAUGUCUCCCCAUUGGAGACUUUACCGACACCAGAAACUUGCAUACACACGCAAAAUACCCAUACCUUUUUAUUCUGAAACAUUUCCACUUUAAACAGCUAGCCUGCCUGUGGCCUAGUGGGCAAGGUUACAGCCUGGGAAUCAUUGGGUCCCAGGUUCAAGCCCAGCUAAGAACACAUUUCUGUAAUCUGCUUUCACCCUCACUAAUAAUUGUCUACUACUUCUCAAUUAUUGCUUUUGCACCAUAUCUACCCACCGUUCACCGAACGUAUACACUGCAUUAUGACGUACCGUCUGCACAUUCAGUUAUUAACCGGCCACAAUAUUGCUAAGCCAUAUGGGUUCAACGGGAGCUCUUCUGUGCUUACUGGCCUGUGUUCUUCUUUAAAACCACGGACAGGUUUGCUAAUGAUAUUUCACGCAUUGCAUAGCUAUGUCAUGGUGCUGCCCCUAACAAAGUGACAGACUGGUAAACCUCCGGUUUGAAAGAAUUGAGGAAAUAUUGGGUAGCAUUGCUUUGGAAUACAUCUUAUUUAAUUUUGGUGAGGCAAGAUAGCCUAUAUUGUUUCUAGUACCGUAACUUGGCGUCAUUUCGAUAUCAAUACUUUUAAUGGCAGGCGUGGAUUUUGGCAGUGUGAAUGAAUGAGUUAUAGACGGUGUAUGUCUUCUAUGUGUGAGUAACUUGGCAUUUUUAUACUUUGAAAACGUGUUUUUUAUGAGAUAUUAUUACUUACUUAGGCCUCAUCACGCCAAGUGGUGCAUAAGGCCUCCACAAGGCCCCUCCAUCUCUUCCGGUCCUGGGCCAAAUGAUUCUGGGACGUAUAGUCCACUAAGUCAACAGACUGUGGCCACUCAAAUGUAGGGAAUGUGGUUAGAUGGCCAGAUGAGGAGACACGAUUUGACCCAGGGUACUUUAACGGCCAUUACCUUUGGAAAAGUGCCGUGGGAACUUCACCGACAGCGAAUCAGGAUCUUGUUUUCACAAUGCACCUGAAGAGCAACAUGUUCACGGUGCCCCAUCACAAUGAUGUCACGUCGAAUUUUAUUUGAUCUGAACAGAAGACUGCCCCCUACUGGCCCUCCAACACCCCUUCAGCUGCAGCCAGUUUUCCUCAAAGGAGGCUGCUGCGUCUGCUGGUGUGUCAUGUGCUCCUGCACUGAAUAUAAGUCACCGAUGGUCUACGGAGUCUGCACGCCUUGUUUCCAAGGCCUAAAUGAGCUGCUGAGUGAAAUCACAAAAACCAGCAGAGUCUGUGGUCGUACAGGGUUAGAGUUUGAGGCCCCUAGCCCCCAAGACAUCUUUUAAAACGUGCUUCAGGGGGAUUUUUUUUUUUUUUGAUGGGAAAUUGAUUAGUCCUCUGACAAUACCGUCAAAUAUUACAACAUUUACAACAUACGAGUUCUUCAGAUAUCUGUUUCUCAAAGUCUGCCUGAAUGUUGCAUUUUGUGAGGGUGUCACUGGGACAUUCUCUCUCAAUCUAAAAGCUAUGCAGAGCUGAAGUAAAAACGCGAGUUUCCAGAUCUCUAUACAAAACUGCUGUCUGUUUCUGCUAGAUUUUCCAUUUUAUAAAGAGCUGUUGGUGGAGGAUUUUUCCCAAAGUACUGUAACCCUGCUGCAACAUGCAUGUUCAUGUAACCCUGCUGCAACAUGCAUGUUCAUGUAACCCUGCUGCAACAUGCAUGUUCAUGUAACCCUGCUGCAUACAUGCUCCUGUGACACCGUUACACGUUUAUAUAACCCUGUUACACACACGCUCAUAACUCAUGUACAUGCGCAUGUAUUCUCUCACAUUGAAUGGGAAGAUUAUAAAGCAGAUUAAUGCAGAUUAUAAUCUCCAAACUCACGUCACUUUUAAAAGCAAGGUCCAAAAUCUUCUAAAACAGUGUUUUAGUUUGACAUUUUACAUUGCCUUGUUGUAUUAACCCCAUUUUUAGUUUCUGUCUGGUUAGCUGUUUGAAAUAAUGCAUCUUUGUAUUUGUUUUCUUUACAUAAAUUGUUUUAUUAUGUCAAUCAAUAAAUUAUGAUUUAUUUGAGCAUUGUAAAGCACUGUGAACCUUGAACCUCUGUUUUGAUAAAGAUUAUCAUUAUUUUCUUUAUACGGCCAUCAUAUUUUGCCUGCAAACCCCCCCCACC